AUGCGGUACAUUCACUCCAAGGAAGAGCUGGAGAUCCCAGAGGGUGUCAAAGUCCACAUCAAGACCCGCAUCAUCACCGUCGAAGGCCCUCGCGGCAAGCUCUCAAAGGACCUAGGCCAUAUCGCCGUCUCCUUCUCGCACCCCAAGAAGAACGUGAUCAACAUCGAGCUUCACCACGGCACCCGCAAGAAUGUCGCGACGAUCCGCACAGUCCGCACCAUCAUCAACAACCUCAUCACCGGCGUGACCAAGGGCUUCCGGUAUAAGAUGCGAUACGUCUACGCCCAUUUCCCGAUCAACGUGAACCUGGAGAAGAGCGACGAGACUGGGCUGUGGGAGGUUGAGAUCAGAAACUUCCUGGGCGAGAAGAUCGUCCGCCGCGUACGGAUGCAGGAGGGUGUGGAUGUCGAGGCCUCGAAGAACGUCAAGGACCAACUGGAGCUCACCGGCAACGACCUCGAGAAGGUGUCGCAGAGCGCGGCAGACAUCCAGCAAGCGUGCAGAGUGAAGAACAAGGAUAUUCGAAAGUUCUUGGACGGUCUCUAUGUGAGCGAGCGCACCAACAUCGACACGGAGGCAUAG